ACAGUAAUCACUGCCCCCGGAUCUGCGAAAAUACACCGGGACUUCUGUGGGAAAAGGCAGAGUUCAUCAAUGUAACUCCGUUCAGUCCGAAACUGCGCCGUUUACCUGGAUAAGUCCAUCCCGACGAGAAGAGAGAGAAAGAGAGCGAAAGACAAGAGACAGACGCGAGUGGAGUGUCGACGUGAAAUCGUGAAGGAAAAGAGAAGAAUAUGAUUGUCAAGCAGCACUUGAUCUUCAUCCUUUCCAGCCUCUGUGCGAACGUCUUCAAAGUGGCUGGGACAAAAAGCAAAGCGAAAGGUAGCCAAGGUCAGUUCCCCAUAACUCAGAAUGUGACGGUGGUGGAGGGGGCCAUAGCCAACAUGACCUGUCGUGUGGAUUACAAUGAUAACACUUCCCUCCAGUGGUCAAACCCUGCACAACAGACCCUAUUCUUUGGGGACAAGAAAGCUCUGAGGGACCACAGAAUUGAGCUGGUGCGGGCCUCGUGGCAGGAGCUCACCAUCAGAAUCAGUGACGUCAGCCUGUCAGACGAGGGCCAGUACACCUGCUCGCUCUUCACCAUGCCUGUCAAGACCACCAAGGCCUUUCUCACUGUUCUGGGAGUGCCAGGACGACCGGAGAUCACAGGAUUCACCAAGCCUGCCAUGGAGGGGGACGUGAUCACCCUGACGUGCACCACCUUGGGCAGCAAACCAGCUGCCAACAUCCGGUGGUUCCGUAAUGACAAGGAGGUCCAAGGCACUACGAAGACGAACGCCACAGGAAAAUCAUUCACAGUGUGGAGUAGCCUCCAGUUCCAGGUGGACAGACGAGACGACGGUGUCGCCUACACCUGCAGCGUGGAGCACAUGUCUCUGUCCAACCCUUACAUGACAACCGAGGUCCUGGAGGUCCACUACGCUCCCCAUCUGGAGAUCACACAUUCAUUGAUUAUUCCACAGGAAGGGCAAUACCUCAAAUUGGAGUGUGUUUCCAUAGGCAACCCCAUACCUGAACCGGUGCUGUGGUCUAAAGAUGGAGGAGAGCUGCCAGACAUCGAGCGUAUGAUUGUGGAGGGCAGGGAACUAACCAUCACCACACUAAACAAAACAGACAAUGGCACAUACCGCUGCGAGGCCAGCAACCACCUGGGGACCAGCAGUGCUGAAUAUAUACUGUUUGUAUACGAUCCCAAUGCUUUAGGACAACACGGACCUGACCACGCUUUAAUUGGCGGUGUAGUUGCAGUCGUGGUCUUCAUCACCUUGUGUUUGAUAAUAGUUCUUGGACGAUAUCUGGCCAGACAUAAAGGGACGUAUCUAACACAUGAGGCCAAAGGAGCAGAGGACGCCCCCGACGCAGACACAGCCAUCAUCAAUGCUGAGGGAAACCAUGUGCAUGCAGAGGAAAAGAAAGAGUACUUCAUUUAGACUUCUGUUACUCUUUUCCUUCGUUUCAUGACAACUUUUGACAGCAGACAUGCAAUUUUAAGCUGCCUCAGCGUUACUCCAUGAUCUGUUUUGCUUUACUUAUUGUUCCUUUGUCUUCUCCAGAAAGCCCAUGCUUGGAUAUGCUUGUUUUCAAAGCAUUCGCUGACAAUAUAGCCUUCUCCUUUUGUAUUCAAUGUAAACCAUGUGCAAUUGGAUUAUUUCCAUUUCAGUUUUACGGUGCCUAAAUGCUGUACAUUUUUCCGCAUUUCUUUCACUGCUUGCAUUAACCUUUUCUCUAUUCUCUCUUACUUUACCUGUUACACACAACUUUUUGCAGAUUUUAUAAAAUUCAGAAGCAACAAGAAAUGUUCUUCAACUCCAGCUGGAGUUAAAUCUGAGCUUUUCAAACUGUUUUGCCGAAUAUGUUGAAUACAUCAAUUUAUCAAGCAUUAACAUCAGAAGAAUCUUUUUAGGGAUUAAA